GUGACAGAAUUUAGACAACUAACUAAGGAAGUGCCAAUUUUAUGACCUUGUAAACUUCCUCUAAGUCCAGUUUCAUUAAUGUCUUGUAUCCUUCUUUUUGCCCUUCUCAAAGACAGGCAUUCAUCCUGAAGAAAAGAUUGAUUAUCAACCAUCUCACUGGGAUGAUCAUUCUCAUCUUGGUGGCUGUGAUCUCCUCUGCCACAGGUAUAUCUCAGGGUAUAAGACAAAGGUGUGACACCCAACAAUUCUGUGUCACAAUGAGUGGAGAGGAAAUAACAGCAGAAGCUGGACUCUGCGCCAUUUUACCCUGUUCUUUCACUACUGUCAAUAGAUUCACUCCUCAGAGUGCAGUUUGGUACAAAUGUUCUCCGUCAAAGCGUAAAUGUCCUUCAUCAGACAUAAUAUUCCAUUCCAAGGACAGUGACAAAGCUCAGCUUGAUUUUCUUGGACGUGUGGCAUUGCUGGAUCCUGAUCUGAGCCACAACAACUGCACCAUCAUCAUUAAUGACCUGGCAAAGUCAGACUCUGGAUCAUAUCAGCUCAGAGUUAAUGGUAUGCUAAAUGGCCAGAAAGACGGAUUUUUAUUCUCAAUGAGAACGACUUUCUCUGUUCAAGAUCUGAGCCAGAGGCCGACAGUGAUGAUUCCGGCACUGACAGAGGGACAACAAACAGCACUGAUCUGCACUGCUCCAGGACUCUGCUCUGGAUCUGUUCCUACAUUCACAUGGACAUGGAGAAGAAGACAGGAGAGUCCUUACAUAGUGGAAAAUAACAUGACGUUAAGCACCGAGAGCCUGACUGCUGUGGCACAGACACACACUUCAACUCUGUCUUUCAGCCCUUCAGCCGGACAGCACGGCACAAAGCUCACUUGUGCUGUCAUUUUCAGACAUAACGUGAUCACAGAGGAGAUGGCAAUUCUGAAAGUUACAUAUGUGAAAGAACUGAAAAUCACUGGAGAUAAAAUUGUGAUGGAAGGUGAAGAUUUGAAUCUGAUCUGCAGUGUUGAAAGUUACCCUCCAUCUCUUAUCACAUGGAUUCGACUUGAAUCCAACAAAAACCUGCCUAAUGAAACAAACACCAUUCAGCUGAAUGACACAGGAACUGACGCGGUGAACAACACAAGGAAAGUCACACUUGUCAUCAAUAACGCGAGUGCAGAAGAUUCUGGACAGUACAUCUGUAAGGCAAAACAUCUGAACAAGACCUUGACAGAAAAAAUUAAUAUAACAGUGAUGUAUGUGAGAGAACCUGUCCUCACAGGAAACAAAACUGUGGAGGAGGGUGAUGCUCUGAACCUGACUUGCGGUGUUGAAAGUGUUCCUCCAUCUCUUAUCACAUGGACUAAACCUGUCUCCAACAUAAACCUCCAAAGUAAAACCAAAUCCAAGCUGAUGAGCAACACUGGAACGGCCACUCUUGUCAUUCCCCACCUAACAGCACAAGAUUCUGGAUGGUACCACUGUACUGCAAACUACCUAAACACUACGCAGACUAUACAUGCCUACGUAACAGUGUUUUCGCUGCCAAAGAUCCUGGCCGGCUCUGGAUGCACACUUCAGUCUGAGGUCCUGACUUGUGUAUGUGCCACUCGAGGAAUUCCGUUACCUGUCAUCAAAUGGCCACUGUUGGAAAAACACACAGAAUACUCUGUGGUUACCACUGUGACAAACUACACAGUUAACACCACCCUCAUGUUGUCGGUGAAAGACAUCAACAAUUCCACAACCGAGUGUGUCAGCAGCAAUAAAAAUGGCAACGCCAAAGAGAAGCUCACCAUUAUCAUGAAGGAACAGAAACCAGUGGAGGAGCAGACCAGUGAAUCAUUCGUUGUGACACGGCCAGAAGUGAUCAUUGCAUUUUUGAUUGGUGCACUUCUUUGUGCAGUGCUGUUCUGUUUGAUAAAAUUAUGCCACAGAAAAAAACUGAAGAGCUCCAGAAACCUGGCUGACAACCUAGAAAUGGAGACCGGUCGUCAGGAACCACUGAUAAACGCUGGUCAAUCAUUGGAGCAUGAUCUGAACUUCCACCACCAAAUGGAACUCAGUGAGACUACAGCAUUGGGUAAAUUGCCUCUUGACCUUGAUGGUGAUCCAAAAGAAGUGCAGUAUGCCAGCAUCUAUUUUCCAAGAAAGAGUCCCACAAACACAGUGAAGAGAGAGACCACAAAGACGGAGUAUGCUGAAAUUAAGAAAGCACAAAAAGAAACGAGACAAGACAGUCACGGAGAGCAAGAUCAAGUGAAGUGGACAUCUGGGGAAGAUAAGGAUACAAAACUUUGUUUGCCAGAAGAGCAGAAUUGUGAGGAGGCAGUGUAUUCCAACGUGAAAGAUAUAAUGGGGGAGAUUUGAUGAGUGAGUUAGUCGAGUAAAGUCGAUAUGAAUCUGUGAACUGUCCUGUGGGGACUUUCAGGUUACUCUAUAAACACUUAAAGGUUUAAAUAUGGUUAUGUUAAAUAAUGAUAAUUUAAAAAAAAAACUUCAAGGAGAAACCUUCGCAAUUUAGCUGUAUUUCACUGCUGUAUGUAUUUGUAUAAAGUGCUUUGUUGGAUUUAAAGUAUUGAUGUAUGUCUGUGUAUAUACCAAUUACAACUUUAGAGUUAUACUGAGAACAGGUUCUGUGAUGCGACGUCUUCUUGAGUGAAAAGAGACUUUGCACAGGGCUUCAUGUUCAAGUACUGAAAAUCUACGCACAAAACAUACCCCGAUAAUACAGUUUGAGCAGCAUUUAGCCUCUAUAGGCCACUGCUCAAAAACUAAUGUAUGUUCAAAUGAAAGCUUAAUAUUUUUUUCUUAUUUAGCCAUAAUGCAAAUAAAUAAAUAAACUACAUUUCUGUAGCUCACACAUUCAUGACAUUCAGGUUGAAGUCU